GCUGCGUCUGUAAACCGGCCGUGAGAUUUCGCCAUCGCUCUCGCCAGCCGAGGCCCGUAUGCGUGUCUAAUUUGACAACAUGGUGACCCAGGAAUGUUGAUGUGAGACUCCGCCGACGUGCUGAACGCCCCACGCGACGACACGAGUGGACGAUGAUCCGCGCGAAAUAUGUCUGCUAACUCCGGCUGCGUGACCGAGAGGUAGCCUGAGCGAAUAACGAACGAGCCGCGAUCAGCUGCACGAAAUCACGGUUUAGCACGGUGCACAGAGAGACGGGGUAGCCCCGUGGAUUGCCACUGCGUCACGGAUAAUGUUAUUGAUUGAUUUUUUAAUGACUCACGCGUCGACGAGCACACGAUCCGGCGACGUUACCAAGAGUAAUAUCGCGCCAUUGAUGAGGUAUGCGUUCCUGCUGCUCCUGUGCCUCCUCCUGAUCAGCCAGCUGACACCGUCGGUCGUCGCAGUCGAUUCCUUGGGUAAUCCGUACAAGAUACUGGGUGUAUCGAGACAUGCGACUCUGCAGGACAUCCGAAAAGCGUACAAGCACCUCGUUAAGGAAUGGCAUCCGGAUAAAACUGACCAUCCAAUGGCUGAGGAUAAAUUUGUAGAGAUAACUAAAGCUUAUGAGCUUCUGACAGAUCCGGAAAGAAGGAGGAAGUUUGAUAAUUUUGGGAUAACAUCAGAGGAUGGGGUCUCGAGGCAAAGGAGGGAUAGUAAACAAUACAAUGUUCGCGAUCCUUUGGAAGAACUCUUCUCUGGUAAUUUCCAAUUCCAUUAUCAGAAGAGAGAUAUCACGCUGUUCCAUAAAAUGAGCAUCACAUAUCGGUCGUAUGAAAAUAUGAUAGUGCCGAAAACUUAUCGUAUGCCGUACUUAAUUUUAUUUUAUUCCGAUUGGUGCUUUGCGUGCCAGCAAGUGGAGCCUACGUGGCGACGACUGAUCGAUGAAUUGGAGCCACUAGGUUUCGGCUUGGCCACUGUGGACAUCAAGAAAGAAACCAGCUUGGCGAGGAGACUCGGUAUCCACUCGCUUCCGUGUCUCGUCGUUAUCAUAGAAGGACACGCCAAUGUUUAUAAGGAAUCGUUGUUUAGCAUUCAGAAGGUUAUCGAGUAUGUACGAAGUAAACUACCAUAUAAAUUAAUAACCACCGUUAACAACGUUAACGUGGAGAACUUCUUGUCGGGUUGGACGGACAAUCGAAUUCGCGCACUGAUAUUCGAGAAAAGAGACUUCAUUCGAUUGCGAUAUUUACUUACGUCUUUCUAUCACAGAGAUCGCGUGGCGUUUGGUUUUGUCCAGGUCGGUAUACCUGAGACCAAGGAUAUUACGUCGAAAUACAAAAUCUCAGGAGAACUGGACACUCUGCUACUGUUCAAUGAGAAUUCUGAGAAGCCUAUGGCGUCUGUUAGUAUGAAAGAUAUUUCCAGCGAAACCAUGCAUAACGUUAUCGCCAACAAUAAGUUUCUCGUUUUGCCAAGGCUUUCGAAUCAAGCCAUGUUGGACUCUAUAUGCCCGCCUGAAUGGUUGAAGCCGCAGAAGCGCUUGUGCGCCGUUUUAAUAUCACAACAAAAUAGCCCACUUCACGAUAUAGCUAGGCACAAGUUUAGGCAAGCGGCGUUAGAGUCUUCUUACAGCUCCGAACGCGUGAGAUACACGUACAUAUUCAAAGACACGCAGCCCGAAUUCGUGUCGGCUCUGUCAGCCAGCGAAGAUAGCCCGCUGGAACCGUUGUCACAUAUCGUCAUCAUCUGGAGACGAGACGCCAAUCACUUAAAGUACGAGUGGCUGCCCAACGGAUGGGCCGAUGCCGCGCAGGACGAGCGUAUAUGGAACGAGACUCGUAGGCAUUUAGAGAAGACUAUACAGAAGCUGUUACGCGCUACCGAAGCUUUACCGUAUGCCGCUGUCAUAGAGGAACUAGCAGACGAGCACGCACAGGGUACUGUAGGCAGAUUGAUAGGAAGGGCAUUAUUAGCGGUAGAUUAUAUAUCCGAUAAUCUGACGAAAGAGCAGAUUUUACCUCUGAUAUCGGUACUAGCGACUCUCGUGCUGAUCGGGGCAGCAGGGUAUGGCAUGUCAUACCUAGCCAAGCUGGAAGAAGCGACUAUCCAGGCCCCCUUAAAGGACAAAUUGUCUCCGCCGCAGCCGCCGCAGCUUCGAAUACACGAGCUGCGCGCGGAGAAAUACAACGGUUUGGUCCGACUUUUGAAGCCGGGCUGCCGAACCAUCAUUCUGUUGGUUGACGCUCAGAGUCGAUUAAAAUUGUUACCAGUUUUCCACAAAGUUGUGUGGCCUUAUAGGAAGAAUAAGACGCUUAUGUUCGCGCAUAUGUCAUUAGAGAAAGGUCUCGAUUGGUACAAGAAGCUCUUGUCUCUCACUCUAUUCGAUCGCAAGGAACUGAACAUAAAUGCCAAGAACUGCGUGGGAACGGUAUUAUCCUUGAAUGGCCAUCGGAGAUACUUCUGCAUGUACCACGCUAAACUUCCGGAGUCGAUGACGAAGAGCAAGAGUUCCAAGCGUCUAGAGAGGAUGACCAAGCAACUCGCUCAGAGACCCGAGGACGCGGAAGCCGGUGCUUUCAUCGGCUUUGACAGUUCCAACGAUUCCGACAUGUCUCAGGAUGAGGGUGGAAACAACGUUUUAUAUCACGACAACCUUUUGGACGGGUUACCGAUGUGGCUCGACAGACUAUUCGAGGGAUUAACACAACGUUAUUACAUAAAUUAUUGGCCCGAGUUCACUACCAAGUAAAGGAACGAAGAAGGAGAGGAUGCGUUCUUCAUUAUUUUUCUUCCUCUUUUCUCUCUCUCUCUCUCCCUCUCUCUCUCUCUCUCUCUUUUUCUCUCUUGAAACCUACGCAUCAUUGGAUGAUGGUGAGGAACAAGAAAGUCUAGUCAGCAAAUUAUUAUUGCCAUUGAGACAUACUGUGAUUCGAACGAACAGAUGCGCACGGCCCUCUGUAUAAAGACAAAGCAUAUUCAUUAUUCCUUAGGCAUCUAUAAGCCUAUUUACAGUUUCUUACAUUUUAAUGGUUUAUCUUAGAUCAGACCUUUAAGUAUAUUCUUCAAGCACGCUGUAAAAGGUUACGUAGCAAAAGGAAGGUAGAGAGGGCGGAGGGCCGGCACACUACCGAGUGUAGCGCGGCGCUCGAUUAACUCCGGACAUAGAGAUCAGUGUUUUCUGUAUACUAUACUUCGUCUGUUCCUAUUGUAACUCGAAUACUCCUUCUAUUCCUCGAAAUAUCGCUUGUAACUAUCUAGUCAACGUUACUUAGCAGUAUUUAUAUUGCACAGUAUGAGUAAUAGAUCGUUUAUAUUUCCGUAGAUAGUAAUCUACAGACCGACCCCCACGCGGUCCUCGACAUACGAAUACGUUCGAAUUCCCUCACAACAUUACGAUAACGACCGCUAUUUUUCAUAUCGUGUCAGAGAGAGGAGAAAGGAAAUGUAAGUCUGCAUAUUAAUAUCUUUAUAUCUUAAAGAUGCGUACCUCUGUCGCUUGUUCCACGCUCCGUUUAUCCGGCGUACGCCCCUUCGUGUCGAACGUGUUUCUCGAAUCCGUAUGUCAGUAGCAUGUAAUGUCUACGAACUUUCCCUCUCUCCCCCCCCCUCUCUCUCUCUCUCUCUCUCUCUCUCUUUUACAUAAUUUAUACCUUAUCUCAUAUAUUUUAUAGUUACCGUAAAAUCGAUCUUCGAAACAUACGUUUAGUAUGAUAAUGUGCUUGUGAAGAGAUGCAAUUAUCGAGUUGCCCUUAUCGAGAUUCUACAUACGUCCAUUACUUCCAUGAUCGCUACGCUCUCAUGAAUCUCAUUAGUUGCGUAAACAUUUAAAUGACACACACACACACAUACACACAUAUAUACAUACAUACGCAUACACAUUGGCUGGUCCAAAAUUCUUUUCAUUUAGCAUUAGCAAACUCGCUCUCGCAGCUAUUCAGUUUUCUUCAUGAAAUCGGAUACAUGUAUCUCUGCAAAGCGACAGAUAUAGGUACCUUCGCGUGUUACUUACAAUAUAAGAUAUAUUCCUGCUACGAGAGGCUAUUAGAAAGUAUUAAAGUGUAUUAUAGAAACAUAUAUGAGAUAUAUAUCAUAAUGCUGUUGAAACUGCAAAUUAUGCGCGCCAGCUCAAUUGUUUAUACUUUAUAUCCUUAUAUGACAAUUAAAACUGACGAAAUAAACACAUGGAGUUAUAACAUUUCUACCCUAACGUUCAAUCACGCGCGUCAGACAGCGCGCACUGUCUCUUCGCGUCCGGCUCUCUGUUGCUCAAUCUCGUUGCGACGAUUGUUAGAUUCACACUGAAAUAGGGAACGCGUAGCAGUCAUUCCUAAGUACGCGCGGUGAUGAUGUGUAGAGUUCGUAUCAAUUUUGCGGUAACUAUAAAACGUGUCAACGCUAUUACCAGAGAUGUGUCACCCAGCACAUUGUACGUAAUAGCGGACGUUGAAUUGGUUGUACGAGAUGUGUGAUACGGCGUAUAUACAUAUAUAAAUAUAUAUUUAUUAUGUCGUGCAAAGAGGACGCGCGAUCCCGCGAUUGCGUAUGAAAGAAAGAGAAAGUUAAUAUAUCUACAGGAAUGUUGAAUAAUAAAACGUUGUAGUUUAUCGUA